AUGGCUGCCACACCACCGCCUGAUAUCGAGCGGCGAGAUGAGAAGGAGCUUGCAGGGAAGACAGACCUUGAAAUGAAUAGGUAUUUAACCUCCGGAAGUGAUGCUGAGGAGGCUGCUGUGGCAACACACAGGCCUGCAGUCAGGGAAGGCUUCCUGGAGGAAGAGGUGUCUAGGUGCAACCUGAAGAUGAGAGCUGGCCGGGUGAUGAGUGGGGGGCAAAGUGAGGCAGGCAGCACCCACAUUUCCAGUCCUCUCUUCUCAGCCUUCCUCUCUGCCGGCCUCCGCAUACUCGCACCCUCGGAGACCUGCACCCUGCCAGUGGCCAGCUCCAGCUCCCAGCUCCAGCAGGGUCCUCCCUUCCCACCAGGCCCUUGCACUGGCUCCCCCAGAGACCCAGCCAUGGCUGAACCCACUGGGCAGGGCCCCAAGAACCCUCGAGUGUCCUGCGUGACAGUGCAGCUGGAGAUGAAGGCUCUGUGGGACCAGUUCAACCAGCUCGGCACAGAGAUGAUAGUCACCAAGGCCGGCAGGAGAAUGUUCCCUACCUUCCAGGUGAAGAUCUUGGGCAUGGACACACUGGCGGACUAUGCCUUGCUCAUGGACUUUGUGCCCCUGGACGACAAGAGAUACAGGUAUGCCUUCCACAGUUCAGCCUGGCUGGUGGCUGGCAAGGCGGACCCAGCCACUCCAGGCCGCGUGCACUUCCACCCCGACUCUCCAGCCAAGGGUGCACAGUGGAUGCGUCAGAUCGUGUCCUUUGACAAGCUCAAGCUGACCAACAACCUGCUGGAUGACAAUGGCCAUAUCAUCCUCAACUCCAUGCACCGGUACCAGCCCCGCUUCCACGUGGUCUUUGUGGACCCGCGUAAGGACAGUGAGCGCUAUGCCCAGGAGAACUUCAAGACCUUUAUCUUCACGGAGACCCAGUUCACGGCUGUCACGGCAUACCAGAACCACCGGAUCACCCAGCUGAAAAUUGCCAGCAACCCUUUUGCCAAAGGCUUUAGAGACAGUGAUCCGGAUUCCUGGCUUGUGUCCCCACGGCCCCUGCUCAGUGUCCCGGCCCAAAGUCGAAGCAGCCUGAGUUCCUGCCCGCUGAAGGGCCCCACAGAGCAGGAGAAAGACCCCAACAAAGCCCCAGCCUCCACCUCAAGGACCUCUGCUCGGCUCCACCAUCAGCUGCUGGCUCCCCCUGAGACCGUGCUCACCCCGGCCAUCUACCAAAGCCUGUACCCUGGGGCUCCAAGCCCCCUCGGAGUCCCGAGGGCCAGAUCAGCACCGUAUCCUCUCCCCAAGAUCCAAGCUGACAGGGAUCAAGGGAGACUGCCCCUCCCAGAAGGGCUGGGGCUCCUGUCCCCCACCUCUGUGUGCCUGGGGCCUCACCAGGAGCCACAGUGA